AUGAGUUCACAAGAUACCCACCUUAAUAAGAGCCAUUCCAUAGACGAUUUAAAGACUCCUAAGGGUAAUAGUAGUAUUAAAAGUUAUAAUAAUAUCUUAGAUGAAGAUACUUUAACUUUGGGUUCUCCCAUUCAUAAUUUAAUGGCAAAAUUUCCUGAUCAACAUUCUUCAAAUAUAAUUCAAAAUGAUGAAAUUCAAGAUAUAGACAAUGAUAAAAAUAUUGAAGAAGAUGAAGAUCAUUUUCAACAAGCUAAAGAAAAUCUAGAAACUCCUUUAGUUGAUGAACCACUAGAACAUGCUAGUCAUUCAAUAAUACCUUCCAACCUUGAAAAUGUUAUUCAUCAACAAGUUGCCCCACCAUCAAAGUCAAUUGAACCAGUAGAACCACAACAACAACAAGAAGAAGAAGAAGAAGAACCAAUUUCUCAACCAUCUUUACCUCGAAUGCCAGGUUCUUUCAAUGUUACUGGAUUACAAAGUAAUGAUGAAGAAGUUAAAGAUCAAUAUAACGAAUUAAAACAAACUUUAAAUGAUCCACCAUCUUUAACUAUUGAAAAAGAUUUAGAAUCAGAAUCAGCAUCUGCUAGUAAUGAUAACUUAACUGAUAUUACUCCUACCGAUCCUAUACACUCUCCUUUAGUCACCAAUUCACCAAAAUUCCAUCUGAAUCAUGAAACUCCAGAAACUAGUAAUGAUGAUAUUUUACCUAAUUCAAGUAUUGAUAAUGCUCAAUUAUCUCAUAAAGAUUCUAAAAAGACAUUAUCAUUAAAGGAUAUUACCAACAAUAGUACUUUAGAACAAGUUGAUAAUGUAAAUGAACAUGAUGAAAAUUAUAAUGAAAAUGAUAAUGAAUCAGCAUUAACUGCCCCAUCACAUAAUGAACAAUUACAUACACCAAUUAUCCCUGCUGCUGCAUCGGCUAAUGAUAAAGUCUUAACUACACCUGAAUUAACUAAUUUCAGAUCAAUUUUAGAUCCUGGAAAACCAUUCUCGACUAAUACUACCGCUCCAAUCCCAAAUUCUCAUAUUGAACAAUUAUUAAAUAAUGAUAGUAAUUUUAGUAAAAGUAGUGAAUUUGAAAUUAUUUCAACUGAUGAUAAAUCUUCUACAACUUCAUCAAAUUUAAGUCCAAAUAAUUUAAAAUAUGAUUCAUUACAAAAAAUUCCUACUAUUGAUGAUGAAAAUAUCGAUGAUGCUUUAAAUGGAGCCGGUUUAGGAAUAGGUGGUCAAUCAGGAAGACAAACUUCUCAACUGACUGUUAUAAGAAGUCCACCCCCUCCACCCCCUCCACCACCAUUUCAAUCUCAAUAUCAACCAAUUCAACAUUCUAAUCCUCCUGCUCAAGUUGCUCAUCAUAAAACAGCUGCUAUAACUCCUGUUUUACAACAACCAAUGAAUUUUUCUAAUGUUCAAACCCCAAAAUCAGCUACUACUUCAACGUAUACUAAUAUAAAUCCAUCACCAAUUAAUGGAUCUCGAAAUUCAUCAAAUCUGACAACCGCUUCAUCUAAUACUAUUACAACACCUUCUUCAUCAGGUAAGAAAUCAAGAGUACGGGGAGUAUUUUCAUCGAUGUUUAGUAGUAAAAAUCGAAAUUCAAAUACCAGUAAUGAUUCAUCAUAUAAUUCCAACUCCAAUUCUAAUUCUAAUUCUGAAAUAAAUAUGAAAAUUAGUACUCCAUUUAAUGCCAAACAUGUGGCUCAUGUGGGAGUUGAUGAUAAUGGUAGUUAUACUGGGUUGCCUAUUGAAUGGGAAAAGUUAUUAUCAGCCAGUGGGAUUUCUAAAAAGGAACAACAACAACAUCCUCAAGCUGUGAUGGAUAUCGUGGCAUUUUAUCAAGAUUCAAAUGAAAAUCCAGAUGAUAAUGCAUUUAAGAAAUUUCAAUUUGAUAAUAGUAAUAAUAGUAGUUCAUCAAGUUAUAAGACUUUAAAUAAUAAUGGUAGUAAUACUAAUGCUGCAUCAGUGGUUCCUAAUGGUAGUACUACUCCAACUACUCCAAUACCUUCUACUCCAUCUCAACAACAACAACCUCCAAAGACACCUAAUUCUAGUGCUGGUACUAGUGGUGGUUUUGGAACACAAUUUAUUCCUUCAAGACCUGCACCAAAACCACCUUCGAAACAACCAACACCAUCUCAAUAUGCUACAUCUCAACCAAUACCUCCUUCGCCUGAGUCACAAGAUCAAGAUGAUAUUUCACCGCGUAAAAAAAGUAGUUCAUUCAUACCGAAAUCACUUUCUUCAAAGUCUCUUAAAGCCAUUAGAAAUAAUUCCAGAAAGAAUCCUGAAAAAUUCAGUAACAUUCCUCCUCCACCUCCUCCACCUGUUCCUCAACAAUCAGUCCCAACUGCUUCAGGAUCUAAUAUUCCAAAAUCUAAAUCUCAUAGUUAUUCAUUAACCGCUGCUAAACAACAGCAACAACAGCAACAACAACAACAAGCUAAAAAUAUUCCAACUACCGCUCCUAUUCAACCAACAUCUCAAUUCAGUAGAGAAGAUCAACACUAUCAACAACAACAACAGCAACAAUUGCAAUAUCAAAAACAACGUAAAGAAGAUUUCAAGUCUCAUAGACCUCCACCUCCACCACCUCCACCUUCGCAAUCAGCUGGUCCAUCUUCAGCAAGUGGUGGACUUACUAGUCCUCAGCAAGCUUUAGCUGACAUUACUGCUCCUGUUUCUCGUGAAAAGUAUGAAGAAAGACAACUUGAAAAACAAAAAAUAUCACAACAACAACAACAACAAUCUUCAUCAUCUUUAUCUCAACAAUUAGGUCCAGGACCCGAGAUUCAAAGAAAGAAAUCAAAUCAACAACCAGUUAGAGAUGCCAAGCAAGCUGCUAUUUUAGCUCAAAAGAAACGUGAAGAGAAGAAACGUAAGAAUCAACAAAUUAUUUCCAAAUUACAAUCGAUUUGCAGUGAAGGUGAUCCAAAUAAUCUUUAUACUGAUUUAACUAAAAUUGGUCAAGGUGCCAGUGGUGGGGUUUAUAUUGCUCAUGAAUUACAAAAUAGAGCUAAUACUGUUGCAAUCAAACAAAUGAAUUUAGAACAACAACCUAAGAAAGAAUUAAUUAUCAAUGAGAUUUUAGUUAUGAAAGGUAGUAAACAUCCUAAUAUUGUUAAUUUUAUUGAUUCUUAUUUAUUAAAGGGAGAUUUAUGGGUUAUUAUGGAAUAUAUGGAAGGUGGUUCAUUAACUGAGAUUGUUACACAUAGUGUUAUGACUGAAGGACAAAUUGGAGCUGUAUGUCGUGAGACAUUAAAAGGAUUAAAAUUUUUACAUUCUAAGGGAGUUAUUCAUCGUGAUAUUAAAUCAGAUAAUAUUUUAUUAAAUAUUGAUGGUAAUAUUAAAAUGACUGAUUUUGGUUUCUGUGCUCAAAUUAAUGAAUUAAAUUUAAAGAGAACUACUAUGGUUGGUACGCCAUAUUGGAUGGCUCCAGAAGUGGUGUCAAGAAAAGAAUAUGGUCCAAAAGUUGAUAUUUGGUCGUUAGGUAUUAUGAUUAUUGAAAUGAUUGAAGGUGAACCACCAUAUUUGAAUGAAACACCAUUAAGAGCAUUAUAUUUGAUUGCUACUAAUGGUACACCAAAAUUAAAGGAACCAGAAGCUUUAAGUUAUGAUAUUAGAAAAUUCUUAUCCUGGUGUUUACAAGUUGAUUUUAAUAAAAGAGCUACUGCUGAUGAAUUAUUACAUGAUAAAUUCAUUUUGGAAAGUGAUGAUGUAUCUUCAUUAAGUCCAUUGGUUAAAAUUGCUAGAAUGAAAAAGGCUAAUGAGAAUUUAGAGGAUUAG